AUGAGUGGCCAGCCUGAAAGCUGCGAAACGGAAGCUGGUGGUGAUUAUAUGCGAGUUGCUGAAAUUUUAGGUUGCUCACAAGUUGAGGAGGCGGGCGGCAUGCAGCGCUGCCCGUACAUCCACGAGAUGAAGGAGCGGCUGCUCAGCCAAACGUCGCACCCGGACCAGAUGUCGCUCGACGGCAUGGACAAGGACGUGCUGGAGGUGCACGGCGACCCCGCCGUGGGCACCAUCGUCAAGCUGAACCCCGACGGCUACGGCUCGCACACAUCGCCGGCGCAUCACUGCAGCCGCCAACACCUGGCCGACGACCUGUCGCCGCGCCCGCCCAAGAACGCCAAAAGUUCGAGAGUAGGUUUACCCGGACGACUUGGACCGCGAGAACCCGACCCCACGUCACUGACUCGCAAGUCCCGCGCCCUGGCUGCUGCGUUGUUCUCCUACGUCGCUCCUCCUCCGCCCGUGCGGCUGGCGCUGCGCGGCGGCGCGGAGCCCCGGGAGGGCCUUCCCCUCGCGGCCACGUCGCGACGGGAGCCCCGCGAAGGCCGGGGGCGGGGCGGCAGCGUAACCCGAGAGCCCGGGCGCGGCUCUGCGGUCGCCGCCGCCGCCGCCGCCGCCGCCGCGACGCGCCGUCGCUGGAGCGUGGCCGCGAGCAGGCGUUUUUGCCGUUUGAAGAUAAUUUAUGCUUUUGGACCAACUGGGAUAGGGCAAUCUGGGGAAGUGUACGCUGGGAGGAGAGCCCUGCUGGAGAUGGGGCGUGCUGGAGAUGGGGCGUGCUGGAGUGGGGGCGCCAAGGAGGUGGGGGGUGGGUCGAGGUGUGAUGGGGCAAGGCGAGAUGGGGCAGCUGAGAUCAGGCGAGGCAGAAGUGUGCAGGGUGCGGAGGCUUGGCGGGUUGAUGUAGGACGAGGUAAAGUUGUGUUGGGCGGCUUGGGAAAGGGUGACCGACGCCAGGUGGUGUUAUCGGACGUCAUCGAGUUGCCAAGUGCAGAUCCGUCUCCGCGCGGAGGAACCGAAGGGGAGUCGUGGCUGGCUACGAACCCCAACCCGUCGACGGGGCCGCAGCUGCGUUUACGGGCACCCGUUUCGCGCGCUGCUUCCGCCGCCGGCGCCGGAGACGGCCGUCGCCGCUCGCGGAAACGGAGAUUGCGCCACCCGCCGCAACGCGCGCUCUCUCCACCGCAGCAGCCGCAGCUUGCGCCCCCGCAGUAA